AUGAUGCUUUUGGAGAUCUGUGGGGUGGGUUCAAGUAGACGAGGAAUCUAUCUAGAACGGGUUCCCUCUCGGAAGGAUGUAGUUUCAAUCCAACAUAUUUUGUCACUGUACUCGGACCAAUUUUACAUUGAGAGAAUCAUGACGGAUCAAGUUAUGAUUCCUCACGAAUCCCUUUCUUUCCUCGUCAUUAUGAAGUUGAUGCUACGCCCCGACGUCUGGCCAUUAUCUACGUUCCUGGGUAUCCUGGACUUGAAAACAGGCGUCACCAUCGCCAUUCUGUUCGCGGUGCUCAACAAAGUCGCUGGAGUGUAUGGACUGAUAGCUAUGUUGACGGGAGCGGGAGGAACGUUUGCCCAGCUGAGCUUGUACCUCUACUCGGUCGUCGCCCUGGUCGCAUUUGGGUGGGGUUUACAAGUGGUCAAAACCGAAGACGCGCGGCAAACGCUCUACUUUGCCCAUGUUUUCAGCGCGGACUACGUGUUGUCGACACUGUGGACUGCCUAUUUUGCUGCUGCUUGGUGGUGGCAUACUCCACACGAUGGCGCGCGCCAGGCCAACUCAGCCGCGCAAGAAGAGCUCAUUGCUGUCGCAGAACUGAGCGGACCGCCUCUGACCGACGCGCAAAGAAUUGAAGCCGCCCAGGCUAUAUGGGCACGCGAGCAAGGGACGGCAUUCACCGUCAUCCUGGUGUCGUGGCUGUCCAAAAUCUACCUUGCCCUCCUCAUCUAUUCGUACGCCAUCCACCUCAGGAAAGGGUCGUAUCGCAGUCUGGCGAGGACUGUUGUCCCCAGUCGCAGCGUGGCCAUGUCCACCGAGAACUCCGUAUUGCCUGAAGACGAUGACGAGGAAGUCAUUGACAUGUACCGCGUUCCCCUUCCCCCAACCCCCACACGCAAUACCUCCAGUCUCGAUGGCCAAAAACGAUUUGGGCAGUCGCGGUCGGCGCUGAGUAAACCACCACCACCACCACCCCCUGCGGAAGAUGAAGAAGACGAAGUCCUGUUUGACGACGAGUAUCCAUAUGCUAGUUCCGGAACUACCUCAAAAGCAACUUCCAAACGCGGGACAGAGAGCAGCAGCACCAGCUCAGACGAUGAUUCCGCUUUUGCUCCUCCCAGUCGUCGGCCCACCCGCGUAUAG